UGGCUACGAGGCUACCAUGCUUCCGGUUGCACGUGCUGCCAGAGCAGGUUGGCAGAGGAUUGUGAAAGUCAGCUUCAACCUAUCCACUGCAGCAUUGAAGAGGUUUUACGAGAACGUUGGCAUAAGGAAGACGUCUGAGGGUUAUGCUGUUGCAUUGGAUGGACGUGUAGUGAAGACGCCGUUACGUAACGAGCUGCUUGUGCCUUCUGAGUCUCUUGCAGUAGCGAUUGCUGCGGAAUGGGAUGCUCAAUGGGAGAAAAUACAACCAUCCGGAAUGCACUUGACAAGUCUCUGUAUGACGGCUAUUGACAAGUUGAGUGAAACUACAAGAGAAUCCCAAGUAUCUGAUAUCCUUCCUUUUCUUCAGACUGACUGCUCAUGCUUUCGUGUGUCUGAACCAGAUGAUUUUGUCAAACUGCAGACGGACACGUGGGAUCCAAUUAUCGAUUGGUUUCAGAACAAAUUUGAUGUCAAGUUGAAAGUCAGUACUGGAUUGUUGGAGGCAUUUCAAGAGAUUGAGACAAUGGACAGAGUGAGGGAUGUGCUGAUGACCUAUGACCCACACGUGUUGCUAGGAGUACAUUCUGCUGUAUCAUCGUUAUCGUCGUUAGUUAUUGCUAUGGGAUUAGUUGGCAACUUUAUUUCUGUUGAAAAGGCAGUACAAGCAGCAAACCUUGAAUCAGAGUAUCAGACAAAGAAGUGGGGAACUGUCGAAUGGAGCCAUUCCAUGUCCUAUACUGACACAACAGCUCGAGUCGCCGCCUCUAUGCUCUUCAUCAAGCACUACAAAAGCUAACCAAGCGUACAAAUUAUAGACAACUUUGCCACUGUGUCUUGUCUCUAUGGUUACUAUCACACAUGAGAUAAUGUCAUCCAAAUGUUGUGCUGUGUAGUUGGGUAAAAAUCAAAUCUAUUUUUGGCAUC